AUGGCGGAAAUUAGAAGAAAGCUCGUUAUUGUCGGAGACGGUGCUUGCGGUAAGACUUGCUUGUUGAUUGUCUUCUCCAAGGGAACCUUCCCAGAGGUCUACGUCCCAACCGUCUUUGAGAACUAUGUCGCCGAUGUCGAGGUCGAUGGAAAGCACGUUGAGUUGGCUCUAUGGGAUACGGCUGGACAAGAAGAUUACGAUCGUCUCAGACCUCUAUCAUACCCAGAUUCGCACGUUAUCUUGAUCUGUUUCGCCGUUGACUCUCCCGAUUCCCUUGAUAACGUUCAGGAGAAGUGGAUCUCCGAAGUCCUCCAUUUCUGCCAGGGCCUCCCAAUCAUCCUCGUUGGAUGCAAGAAGGAUUUGCGCCACGACCCAAAAACCAUCGAGGAAUUACACAAGACCAACCAAACCCCGGUCUCAGAAGAUCAGGCUCAACGUGUUGCUGAUAAGAUUGGUGCUUACAAGUCUCUUGAGUGCUCAGCAAAGACCAAUGAGGGUGUCCGUGAGGUGUUUGAACAUGCCACACGUGCUGCACUCUUGACCAAGAAGGAGAAGAAGAAGAAGUGCAUUGUCCUGUAA